UUAAUCCAGACUAUCGUUGCCACGGGCAUUUCCUACGGAGUGGACCUUGAGAAGAAAUACAAUGCGGGGAUUGUGAAAACUAUUCCUAGAGGAUUUUUGCCUCCUCAACCUCCAGCGGUGGAGAAGUUUGGAGAGAUGUUGGCCUCGUCAUUUUCCAUUGCGAUUGUCGCUUACGCUAUCGCCGUCUCGGUGGGGAAAGUAUACGCCACCAAGUAUGAUUAUUCCAUUGAUGGAAAUCAGGAAUUUAUCGCCUUUGGAAUCAGCAAUAUCUUUUCAGGAGCCUUUUCUUGCUUUGCUGCAACCACCGCGCUCUCUCGCACUGCGGUCCAAGAAAGCACAGGUGGAAAAACUCAGGUGGCCGGUAUAAUAUCAGCACUUAUUGUAUUAAUUGCUAUUGUAGCUUUGGGGAAGCUGCUGGAACCGCUGCAAAAGUCUGUUUUGGCAGCUGUGGUCAUUGCGAACUUAAAAGGGAUGUUCAUGCAGGUUUGCGAUGUCCCUCGUUUGUGGAGGCAGAGCAAAGCAGACGCAAUGAUCUGGGUUUUCACGUGUGUAGCAUCCAUCAUCCUGGGAUUGGAUUUGGGAUUACUUGCUGGUUUGGUAUUUGCCCUGCUGACGGUGGUGCUGAGAGUUCAGUUUCCUUCCUGGGGUAAACUUGCUAACGUUCCUGGCACGGAUCUGUAUAAGAACAUCAAAGAAUACAAAAAUGUGGUUGAACCCGAAGGAGUGAAGAUCCUCAAGUUUUCAAGUCCCAUUUUUUACGCUAAUAUCGAUGGCCUAAGAAGCAGCGUCAAAUCUACUGUGGGGUUUGACGCUGUCCGGGUGUACAACAAAAGGCUGAAGGCGCUGAGGAAAAUACAGAAGCUAAUCAAGAAAGGAAAAUUAAAAGCCACAAAAAAUGGCAUUAUCAGCGAUUUGGGAACCGUGAAUGAGGGUUUUGAAUCUGAUGAUGAUCCAGAAGAUCCGGUCGAUCCGGACAUUCCAACCAAAGAAAUGGAGAUCCAGGUGGAUUGGAACUCAGAACUUCCCGUCAAAGUGAAUGUUCCGCAAGUGCCCCUCCACAGCCUCAUUUUUGACUUUGGAGCCGUCUCUUUCCUAGAUGUAGUAGCCGUCAGAGUAAUGAAAACAAUUGUCAAAGAGUUCAAAAGAAUUGAUGUGUCAGUAUACAUCGCAUCACAUCUAGACCACAUUAUUAAAACAUUAGAACACUGUGCCUUUUUUGACGAUAACAUUCAAAAAGAAGUAUUUUUCCUGACUGUACACGAUGCUGUACUACACAUACAGAGUCAAGUCAUGUAUAGGGAGGCCCAAGACCCUAUAGCUGAAAAGAUAUCCUUGAUGCAGGAAUCAAAAGAACCGAUAGAAUUUCCAGAAACUUACCAGAAUGAAGAGCUGGAUGUUCAAGAAGAGGCUAUGCGCAGACUUGCUUCCUAAAGGACAUCUUCAGGCUUGGGAAGACCAUGGACAGCGUA